CAGAAAACUUGUCCUGUGGUAGUAUCUGCAUCUCCCCAAACAACUAACCGAACAGAAGAAGUGCAAAAUUCUGAGGGUAAUGGACAAGCAAGUAUCGAAGGAUCAGAAGAGCAAAAUGAAUCAUGUGGAAAUGACCAAACACCUCAACAUCAAGGCAUUGGAAAACAUUCAGAUUCAAAUGAGAUCAACAAACAUGCGACAACUGGAGAUGUAUGCGAUGCUGACGUUCCAAAAUCCAAAGACACGGUUUUUCAUGAGAGUGAAAAUGAAAAUGGCCACAUGCCACUUGUCGAACAUCAUUCAGAUGAGCCCAGUAAAGAGGCGAUUGUCUUACAAAAUGAUGAUGCUGGGAACGUUGGUUCCAUGAAGGAUGAGUUGAAUGCAAGCGUCACAGAUAAACUCAACAUUGAAACAGAUACUGACAGUCUUUCACAAGGUGUUCGUAGUGAUAGCGAGGAUGAUUCUACUGGCUCAGAAUCCGACGAAGAACACUCACAAGAUGAAGAGCAAGAUGCCAGCAAUUCUGGGACUUUGGACAAAGAAAAAGGCACAAAACAAAAACAAGUAAAGAAACGACAUUCUGGGAAAGGUGGUUCCAAAGCUAGGAAGAAACAAAAACAAAAAAGGAAAGCUGCUAAGCUUAGACAAGGAAAUAAUCAAACUAGCGCAUUUGAUGAUGAUCAUAAAAAGGCAAACAAACCAGUCAUUGGAUCAAGAGAUGGUAAAGAGGAAAUUCCUGAAGAGAAACAUGUUGAAAAACCAGUUUUUGGAAUGGAUCUCCGUUCGAGCAGCAAGGUUGAAAUUCACAGUGACACAACAAAAGGGAAUGUUAGCGAAGUUCCUUCUUUUUUCAAUGUUAAGAAUACAAAUCAAUCAAGUACAACUACAGAAUCUAGUCAGGUUCAACCUGUUGGCAAUCAGAAUGAAGAUGAGAAGGUUGCAAAAAAUGAACACAAUAAAAAGAAACAGAACACUUCUCAAAACAACAAGCCGACUAAUGUGCCCAAUGUACCUAGCAAUCUGAAGGAUGAAGACUCCAUUAAGGUUGUUUUUCACGUUCUUAUAUCUCGGAAGCUUCUAGAAAAUGAAUCAAAUAAAGUUGUCCUGAGGUUCGAUUCUCAUAACUUAGGAGGUUGGGAUUGCUGCAAUCACAUUGCCACCUUGAAGAGAAAAUUAGACAAGGCUGUGGAGUACAUCUAUGAAAUUGUGAUGCCACGAUAUUUAUUAACAUCGGUGACGUUUUACAAAUAUUGCGUCAUCAAAAGUCCUAGUCCCCGUCUGUAG